AUGAAUUUUGAUGAUUUGCUUGAAAAACAGCGUAAAUCAGAACCUAGGGUGGUUCUUGUAAUGCGCAUUUUUACGAUACUUAUCAUCUCAUCAUGCUUCAUAUCAUAUAUCACAAUUUUAAUUGUUGAUGUAAAUGAUGAAAUUCCUUCGAUUAAAACAUCAGAAGUUCCCGCGUAUCUUCAAUCCAUCCGUGGGGUUUUAUGCAGAAACAUUGUUGUGGAAUUAAACCAAAAACAGAGAAAAUUAAGAGAAUCGUUGUCUAUUUUACCGUUAAUUGAUUCUUCUUUAUAUGAUCACACAGAUACAGCGGAAGAAAUUUCUGUAGAAGAAUUCUAUCAGAUGAAAGGAAGAUUGAAAUCUUUAGAAAAGUUAUUAAGAGAAUAUGUUAUUGAUGUAAAAUAUCUACAAAGCAUUGAAAAAAAUAAGCAGAAACCAGAAAUGGGUGAAACUUCUUCAAAAAGAUCAAUUCGUUUCCUGUUUAGUCGGUGA